CAAACAAUUGUUUAAAAUAUACUAAGUUUGUAAGCCGUGAUCGACUUGGAGGAAGACAGGAACGGUACGCGAGGAAAACACAGUGUCGUCCCCUUCGCCAACAACCACCAGUUCAUUUAAUAAACAAACAGAAUGGGCCGUAGUAGCAAAGACAAGAGAGAUGCGUAUUAUCGCAUGGCUAAGGAACAAGGUUGGAGAGCUCGUUCUGCCUUCAAAUUGCUACAACUGAAUGAGCAAUUUGAUCUCUUUAAGGGGGUUAGAAGAGUUGUUGAUCUUUGUGCCGCACCAGGUUCAUGGUCUCAAGUUUUGUCGCGGGAACUAGUACAAAAUGUCCCUGCUAGCGAAAGACCUACAAUUGUAUCCGUAGACCUGCAGCCUAUGGCCCCAUUGGAAGGUGUAUGUACUCUACAAUUGGACAUUACACAUCCUGAUACAUUGCCCAUAAUUCUGUCUCAUUUUGGCGAUGAACCUGCUGAUUUAGUUGUGAGCGAUGGUGCACCCGACGUUACAGGUUUACAUGACUUGGACGAAUACAUUCAGGCCCAAAUCUUGCUGGCAGCAAUGAACCUAGCUGCGUGUGUGCUUCGUCCAGGAGGAACGUUUGUUGCUAAGAUUUUUCGGGGUCGUGAUGUCUCGUUGUUGUAUUCUCAACUUCGACUUUUAUUCAAGCACGUUACGUGUGCAAAGCCAAGAAGUUCGAGAGCCAGUUCAUUAGAAGCGUUUGUAGUGUGUCAAGAUUUCUGUCCUCCUGAAGGAUUCAAACCAAACUUAAAGAAGCCUAUGUGCAUAACCGAUUAUGAGUGCAUUGGUGACAUUGCACCUUUCCUGGCAUGCGGUGACCUCAACAGCCCAGAUGCAGAUGCUACUUACCCGUAUGCUGUCUCGAAAAAUUCAAAACCUCUAGAUGCCGUACAGCCUCCGACUGCCCCUCCUUAUAAAAAGGCCAUUGAGAUGAAACGGUCGGCACAACUGUAAAAAAACAAACAAACAAACAGAUUUUACUUCCUUUUGUUUUGUUCAUUAUUUUCCCACUACAAAAUUUAUUACCUCCGCUCUUGCGUCAAAUUGAUUAGAAUCAAAAUCAUUGUAAGGUGUGUAACUAGUCGUCAUUUCAUGCUGCUCCCGCAGAAGCCUGCUCGAUCCCUGCUAUAUCAUUAAAUAGAAUUUCCAAAGAUUUGGUAUCUACGGGCGAUGGAAGCGCCAUACUCCUCGUAAUCAGCUUUCGUGUGACAAUAAGAAGAAAAUUCGGGCUAUAAGAUGUGUUUGUUAGCAUACUUCAGAAAAAAAUGGCUGAAUAACAUACCGUUUGUGCCAACAAACUGCCACCAAACCAAAC